AUGACCGACGAGCUCGUCCUCAACUUCUCCCCUCCCUCGGCCUCACCAUCCUCAGCUCCCACUCGCUCAACCAGCUCAGGCGGACGCAAAGGCGGGCGAUGGACCGACCGCGCAAAGGAGCGGAAGAGGAGUCAGAUUGAGGCGCGGAAGGCGAGUCGCGGGACUGGGACGCGCGAGGGCGGGGGACUGGGACAGGGCGUGAAGCGGAGUAGAGAGGACGAGGGCGCAGACGAUGCAGCGGGCGCAAAGAGGGAGCGUACGGCGGGAGGAGGAGGAGGAGGAGCACAUGUAUCACAGGGAGGGAAGCGCCGACUCGACAUGGCUGUCGGACCGUCGGGCAAGAAGCAGUACAUCUCGUCGCUCUUCACCGCCGAAGGACUCCCUACCGCCGCCGACUCUUCCACUUCCUCUUCCGCACCUAUCCUCCCUUCCAAACCAUCCAACGCGCCUCUCACGUCCGUACCCUCGACCGCAACGGACGCCUUGGAAAGCGGAGGCGAAGCAGAGGAGGGACCCGACCCAGCGCCGGAACUCUCGAAACUCGGAUUGAUGCGCGAACUCGUCACCGGACUCGCUGGGAAACUGGGCAUUACCGGUCCGACAGCCUGUCAAGCCGGUGCGAUCCCUCGACUCGUCCCUCCCUCCUCCGCCUUCGCAUCGACGGGUAAGGGUAAAGGGCGCGCGUCGGGGGCGGAUUUCGCGCAUGAUGCGAUCCUCCGCGCGCAGACGGGGUCCGGAAAGACCCUUACGUUCCUCCUCCCGAUGCUUCAGGACCUCCUCACCCUCCCUCCCUCCUCGCUUUCCACGCCUCCUCCCUCCUCCGCCAAGACCGGUCCUGACCGCUCAAUCGGGACCCUUGCGCUCAUCCUCGCUCCAACACGCGAACUCGCCUCCCAAAUCCACACGGUCCUCUCCUCCCUCCUCUCCUCCCUCCCUUCCUCUUCCCCGAACCCCAACAAGCCCUUUACGAUCUCCCCUCGCGCUCUCACCGCCGGCUUACUCGUAGGCGGCGCGAACCGCACGCACGAGAAGCGGCGCCUGCGAAAAGGGUGUCCGAUCGUGGUUGCUACGCCAGGUCGGCUGCUCGACCACUUGAAGACGACCGAGGCGUUCCGGCUGGCGGGUGAGGCGCCUAAGCUGAAAGAUGGCGCGCCGAAAGGAAGGCCGGGCAACCCUAAUACUGUCGCUCUCGGGACCCGCGGAGGAGGAUCAGGGGGCGAAGGGAAGGUUGGGUUGAGGUGGUUGAUUGUGGACGAAUGCGAUCGGUUGAUGGACCUCGGUUUCGAGGAACAGAUGAAGGGGAUCUUGGAGGAACUUGCGCGGCGCUCUUCCCCGUCGGCCCCGACGAAUGGAGCGGCGGGCUCGUUGAGACGGAGGACGAUCCUUUGUUCGGCGACUGCGAGCGAGGGAGUUGAUCGGCUUGCUGGGAUGGCUAUCUCGGACCGGGCUGCGGACGAGGGCGGGAAGGGGAUGGUUGUGGUUGGAGCGAGGGAGGACGUGAGGGUCAAGGAACCGGAGCGGAGGGACUUGACGCAGGGUGCGAAGAGGGGUGCGGAGGCAGUCGAGGACGAGGACCGCGCGGAGGACGACGAGGACGAGCGCGAGGAAGAGCAAGACGAGGACGCCAAGGCCGAAUCAGCGGCCCUCGCCCUUCCCUCCGGCUUCACCCCGCCCUCGCAACUCCAACACAACUACAUUGUGGUCCCGCCCAAGUUGCGGUUCGUCACCCUCGUCGCACUCCUACGCAAGUUGCUCGUCAAAGCUUCCUCGGCGAACGGCGGGCGGGGGAUGAAGGUCCUGGUGUUCAUGAGUUGUACGGACGCGGUGGACUUUUGGUGGAAGGCUCUGGGAAAGAUGAAGAUGGGUACUUCGUCGACGGACGAUGCAGACGACGAGGAGGAAGAGGAAGAGGAGGACGAGAAGGCGGAGUCGGCUCGUCUCGUCUCGCUCCACCCUCUCCUUCCCAGCACGCCCAUCUACCGCCUGCACGGCUCGCUCCCUCUCCAAACUCGUCUCUCGUCCCUCUCGGCCUUCUCGAGUCCGUACACCGUCGAGGACGGCAAGCGCAAGGGAUCGCAGACGGACGCAGGGGUGUUGUUGUGCACGAGUGUCGCGGCGCGUGGGUUGGACGUCAAAAAUGUUGGGUGUGUCGUGCAGGUUGAUGCGCCGACCGAGGGCGGCGUGACGGAGUACGUCCACCGAGUGGGUCGGACAGCCCGCGCCGGCGCACAAGGCACAGCCUACUCGUUCAUCCUCCCUUCCGAGUCGGCCUACACCUCCUUCCUCGAAGACGGGAUCAACUCGUCUUCCGCUUCUGCGAAGGGCAAGAAGGUCCGGAUGCGCGAGGUGGGCGUCGAGCAGGUGUUGAGGGAGGGGUAUGGAGGGGAGGGGAGGGAGUACGAGACGAGGGCCACGGAUGUGCAGAUGGGCUUUGAGCGCUGGGUUAACGCGUCUGAAGAGACCGCCUCGCUCGCUCGAAAAGCCUUCCAAGCGCACAUCCGAGCCUACGCGACCCACCCCUCCUCCGAGAAGCACAUCUUCAACACCAAAGCCCUGCACCUCGGCCACCUCGCCAAAUCGUUCGGUAUGCGCGAAGCACCCGGGUCGCACACCGGCUCGUCGAGCAAGAAGGGCGGGUCGAACAAGAAGGCGCGGGUGUCGGUUGGCGGUGCGAGGGCGAGGGCGAGGGACGACGAGGGCGGGUUCGAGGUUGGACCGAGGAAGAGGAAGGCGAUGGAUGCGGAGCAGAGGAUGAAGAAGCUCAUGCGUGGACCGCAGGCGCUGGGGGCGUCCGAGUUCCAUAUCGCCGGGAACGAUGUGCUCGAGAGCGUGGUCAGGCGGAAGUAG